CUAAACCCCUCCUCUCGACUAUAAGUACCCACCACAAUUAUUUUACUUUCCAAAACGUGACACUCCAAUCAAGCAUUUCUCUUCUCUCUCUCUCUGUAAAUCACCAUUCUCAUAUACCUCUACCUUCACAAUCCUUUUCCUCCUCCGCUUCCACAUGACACGCGGUCUCAGACUUCUCCAGUCCCAAGCGGCGCCACCUCCUGAGGCCGCCGCCGCCGAGUCCGACUUCGUCGUCAUCCUGGCGGCGCUCCUCUGCGCUCUCAUUUGCGUGGUGGGCCUCGUCGCCAUCGCCCGCUGCGCCUGGCUCCGUCGGGCACCAGCUUUUGUCGGCGCCGGUGGAACUCCGCCGGCGCCCGCCAACAAGGGACUUAAGAAGAGAGUGGUCAAUUCGCUGCCGAAGUUCACUUACGCCGGUGAAGGUGAUCGCUGCAAGUGGUCGGAGUGCCCGAUCUGCCUGACAGAAUUUUCCGGCGGCGACGAGGUCCGUGUGCUGCCGCAGUGCGGGCACGGGUUCCACGUGGCGUGCGUGGACACGUGGCUUUCUUCGCACUCGUCCUGCCCCUCGUGCCGCGCGCCUUUCGUAGUCACCCGAUGCCAGAAGUGCGGCCACUUCCCGGCGGUCGCAGCCGAAUCCAGCGAACCGGAGACGAAACCCGGUGUCGGCUGCAAUGCCGAUGAUAAUCGUAAUGUAAUUGUUAACCACGGGUUUAGUAAUUACGGUUUCUUGCCAUGAAAUCCGUUCCAGUUAUAGAUAAAACACGACGUCGCUUUGGCGCAGCUUAAUGCUUAUUACUGUGUUAUUAUUAGUUGAAAUUUAGGAAUAGCUUCUUCUUUUCGUAAUUUGUAAAGAGUCUGGUUUUUUUGCGGGAUGAGUAAGAGUGCUACUUUUUUUCUGUUUAA